AUGGCAGAUCGAAAGUCGUUAUUCUCUCGAUUUUGGCCUCCAUCGGCUUCACGCCGUACGCCCUCCCAAACCGGUGCUGCACCACCACCAGCAACGACCACUAAACAAACACCUGCAUCCCAAUCUAGCACCUCAUCACCACCACCACGUCGAGCUGAAGCCAAGACUCCGGCCAGGCAGUCGACCACCAAAGGCAGCAGCUCUCCCGCCACUCCACCUAGAGCAGAGCCUCGGAAGGCAUCCCCUGAGCCAAGCAAAUCGCCCACAACUGAAUUGCAAACCAAAGAUGAGCCUAAAACCUCAUCACCAUCGCGGUCCCCACCCUCGUCAAAGCCUGCUUCACCCUCUCGAUUGUCGUCUCAAUCUAGAUCACCUCCCUCUUCACCCCAAGCACAAUCCCCAUCUCGUGUGACCCCCUCCACGCCCAAACGAGCAUCAAAACCUGCUUCUCCCAUCCGUGCCACUCCUCGUUCUCCCAAGCCUGCUUCCCCAUCAAAAGCCCCCAUUUUAGCAUCUCAACAAGAACCAGAGGCCAAGGAAGAGGAUAAACCUGUAGUAGCCAAUGGGCAAGCUCAGGAUGGGAAAAGCUUCAAGCACGAUGAUGACGAAGACAAGCCUUCUCAAACAUCACAACUUGACGAUGCAGCGCCACCUGCCCAAGACCCGGAGAAAGGUGAAAAAAGCAAAAGCUUGGAUGCAAAGCCUGAAGAUGUGAAAGAAGUAGUGGAAGCAGACGAGAAGGAAAUCGUUGAUUCUGUUGCUCCAAAGUCUACCUCUGCAGCACAAAUUGUUGAAAAGGCCGAAAUCCCGAGCGAAGAAGACCAAACCCUCAGAAAGAAGCAAGAUGGCCCCUGCAUGUUAGCAACGCCCGGUGACACUACAGCUUCUCAACCAGUGAAGAAAAGCAAAAAGAUCAUGACUGACAUGUCGAAACUUGCCAAGGAAAUAGCCGGUGGAGACCACAAAAAAGCCGUUUCUGACAGGCCUGUAAGCGUCAUAACCCUCGUAGGAGAGAACAGAGGAGCAUCGAUGCACAUGGAAUCCGAUCAUUCAAAAAGAGAGAGGCCGAUUCACAUUCACCGGAGCUACAAGAGCAACCCCGACCAAAGUCCUGAAGCAACCACUGAUGGAGAUGAAAGUUCCCAAGCGAAAAAGUCAGAAAACGCGAGAUGCAUGGAAGAUCAACCGUCGGAGGCAUAUGUAAACAACAAUGCACAAGGGAUCAACAACUCCAUCGUGUUCAACACUUCCAUAGUAGAAGGAAGUCCAGGAGUUCACAUGGUUGUAAGCCAUCAGCCAAUCCAGUCAAAAGACGAAACAAGUCUGCCUGAGGCACGAAAGGCUGAAGUUAGCACCAGUCGUGCAGAGAAACUCACCUAUCAGCCAACAAUUAGAAGAAGAUGCCUGCGAGGUCUUCUCUUGGAAACGAGUGAUUCUGAGCAAGAAAAGCCUCGACGCCAUGGUUGUCGUGUUUCAUGCCAGAAAGGGAAUAGAGAGAACAACAUAGAUGUUCUCUAA